GAACCGCAGAACCGCAGAACCGGGAUUCUUCGCACCAAUUGGCGUGCCGCAUUUGGAGCGGAUGGAGGAAGUGCCGAACGCUCGGGUGGAGCAGCUGCUGGAGCAUUUGGAUCAGCUGCAGCGGGGCAUCAGCCUUCUGGGAGAAGAGAAUGAAAUGCUGCGGCAGUCGCUGGGAUUGUCCCAGGAGGAGGUAGACAACGCGACGUCGCAGAAGCCCAAGUCUGCUUCAGUGCGCGGCACAAUUUCGGAGGCGAAAGACGGGCUCUUGGCCUUCGACCACGCUGGCGCACAUGUGAUGUUUGUGGUGGGCAACUUGUGGAAGAAGGCCUCCGUGAUGCACGGCUCCAUGCCCUCCGGGGAUCUGUCGGAGGUUCAGGAUUCGGAUGUGGACGCUGCGACUGCACUCCGAAUGAGUGCUCAGUACGUUCAAUCCAGCUGUUGCAGGAUGCCGCGCAUACCAGUGAGCCCCAACAGCAUCCCCAAGCUCUGCUGGGACAUGCUGGGCCUGUUGCUGAUUUGUUGGGACGUCUUCUACAUCCCCUUGACCGUUUUAGAUCUGCGCCAGGUGCUCUUCACGGACAUGAUGGACUGGAUCACGUUGCUCUUCUGGACCUUCGACGUCUUCGUGUCCUUUGUGUCCGGCUUCUUCCGGCAGGGCGAGUUGGUCAUGAAUCUCCGCGCGAUUGCAGUCAACUAUCUCUCCACCUGGUUUCUGGUUGACCUCAUCGUCGUGGUUCCUGACUGGGUCACCACCAUAACCUCCAGCGACGGGGAUAUGACACAGAACUUCAAGAUGCUCAGGGCCUUCCGGGCUCUCCGCAUUCUGCGGCUCCUCCGGUUGCUCAAGCUGCAGCGUUUGGUGAACAUAGCCUAUGACUUCAUUAGCAGUGAAUAUGCCUUCAUCAUGAUUGGUAUGCUUCGGCUGGUCAUUUUCAUCAUCGUGCUGAACCAUGUCAUCGCUUGCGGCUGGUACUUGACCGGGAAGUGGGCGACCGAAGUAGGCCUUUCCCGGAGCUGGCUCACAGACACGGUCAACGGCAACCUCUUGGCAGAGGAUAAGCUGUAUCAGUACACCACCUCCCUUCACUGGAGCCUGACACAGUUCACCCCGGCGUCCAUGGAGGUCUCGGCCAGGAAUGUGCCAGAGAGGGUACUUUCCAUCGCAGUCCUUUUCUUUGCGCUGAUCACCUUCUCAUCGUUUGUUGGAAGCAUUACCACAUCGAUGACGGCUCUGCGCAGCAUGCGUGCCGACACCAAGAAGCAGUUCUGGAUGCUGAGACGUUAUUUGGGGUCGAAGAAGAUCUCGUACGCGACUCGAUCACGCAUCAUCAAGUUUUUGGAGUUCCAGUCGGCGAAGCGGUCGGCGGAAGUCAGUGUGGAGAGCAUUGAGAUUCUGAACAUGCUGUCAGUGCCUCUCCAGAACUUGCUCCAGUAUGAGCUGCGCAAGCAGUAUAUUGAGGCGCAUCCCUUCUUCGCAUACCUUCAGGAACACAUGCGGCCCAUCAUGAUCCGCUUGACCUCCCGAGUGCUCAAGUUCACAGCCUUCGCCCCGGAGGACGUGGUUUUCCGUCCUGGGGAGGAGUCUACGUCCCUGUAUGUGGUGCAGAGCGGAGACAUGGAGUAUCGCAUCGGGCAUGGCGUGCACAAGGGCCAGCACACCAUACUGCAGGGAUUCGGCUGGGUCUCAGAGGCAGCGCUUUGGACCAACUGGUGGCACCGGGGUCAGUUCACCUGCCGCACUGCCUCCUGGGUUGGCCUUAUCAAGCCAGGGCCCUUUGUGGAGAUCGCCAAAGGCCACACCCGGCCUUGGAACUUCUGCAGGCAGUAUGCAGCAGUCUUUGUGGAGCACCUCAACAGACAGAACCACUUGGAGCUGUCGGACCUUUCGCGGAGCCAACUUCAACUGCAGUCGAUGGUGGACGAAGCCAACCGACUGGAGCAAGACCACAUUGCGCAGAUGGACCACAGCCCUGUGGCGCCGAAGGGGAGGGUCGGCUGGGACUCGGAGGACGACUUGGAGUAUCGCCUGAACGGCUCGGAUGACGAUGCUACCUCCAGUCAGGCGAGGCUCUCGUCCAAGAGGAGAAGUGGCAUGACCGAUGCCAUCUCCGAGGAGGACCAAGACGUACCUAUAUCGGUAUGAGAGAGGAAAAGGAUGUCGAUGCCAAAGUCACGGGGAUUGCAGAGCCCAGAGUGCGCUUUUUCACACUGCAGGUUUUCAAUGUUGGGGACCCCUUUGUCAUGGUUGG